AUGGGCCACAUUAUGCAUACCACGACCAUGUAUGACGCUCUCAACACUCCAGGAUGUCCAAAUGAGGAACGGGGGGUCCUUGAUCCGAACAUCGAGGAAGCCCAACUUGAAAUGCUAUACAAAGAACUAGCAAAAACCUUGCUUCGGCUUUCUAAGUUAGAAUUCCCGAAGAUAGGGUCCCUUAGUCAGGUGGAUGAUUUUGCCUGGGAAGUGACGAACCGGCCACUAUCCAUGAAUAUAAAUGAGCUCGUGCGUUUAGGCACACUGUCUCGAUCAAAACUCCCACCUUUAGAGGCUACUUUUGAAACAGCAUCUUCAUAUAUCGAAGCCCUAGCGCAGCUUAAUAUCCAACACCUACUUCAUCAAAGGAGCGAUGCGGUACAGUCUGCAGACGAUUGCCGCCGAAAGUUUAUUGCAAGGCAGCUGUUUCAUAAGCUUGCUCGGGAAAAGAAAUUAUUCCAGCCGUGUAAUGAACAUGGGCCAUUCCCACUCUGGUGUGAUGAUUUCCGGCCUGCCAAUGUUCUUCUCAAUAGAGAGUUGCAUAUUACCGGCGUGGUAGAUUGGGAGUUCACAUACGCAGCACCAGUGGAGUUUUCAUACGCUCCACCUUGGUGGCUCCUGAUCGAGAAACCCGAGUACUGGUCUGAAGGCAUCGAGGACUGGACUCGAGUGUUCGAUCAUCGCCUAAAGACGUUCCUCACAGCAAUGAGGUAUUGUGAAGAUAUGGACGUUCAGAGCGGUCAGAGCUUGAGUGGCCGGCACCGACUCUCAGACCAUAUGCAACAGAGCUGGGAGAGUGGGGACUUCUGGGUGGUGUAUGCAAUUUUGCACAGUUUUGCGUUUGAUGCGAUAUAUUGGCAAAAGAUCGACCAGCGGUUCUUUGGACCUACGGAGACUGACAAUCCCAGCGAGGCGUGGAAAGAGCGAUUGGACUUGCUCGAUGAAACUCAAAGGAGUGAGAUGGAACGACUAGUGACAAAGAAGCUCGAGGAAAUGGAAGACAGAGCCCUGGCGUGGGAUCCGGAUGGAUAUACUGAAACAUCUUACCAGGAGCUCAGGGGGAGAGCGGAUAAAUCCAAGGCGGAAGAGGCCCGAAAUUGA